GUGGCACAGGAGAGGCAGAGAGGGAGGGGGCGAGAGUCUGCUCCAUAGGGUUGUCUGUGCCUGGGAUACAGCUGCGGGAAUGGAGGGGUGACAGGAGGCAUGGGGUGUGCAGCGGACUCAGGGAUGACAGGUGGGGGGCCCCUGUGCUCCUUGGUGGUCCUUCUCCUGGCGUGGUGCAUGGGAGGCCAAGGGAAAUCACUGCUGGAGACCUCAAUGCCUCAGGAAGUCCAUAUUAAAGUGCAAGUCUAUGAGAAUGGAGACCUGUCUCCUUUGGCCUCAGCCGCCGUGGAAAUAUUUGGAAAUCAGAGUGCUCUUGCUUCAGGGGUCACCGAUCAGGAUGGCAUAGCCGUGCUAGGCAUCAGCUACCGACUUGGAACCUGGGUCCUUGUUACUGCCACCAAGCGAGGCUACGUGACCAACUCUGUUCCCUGGCGAGUGGACAGACUUCCACGUAAGCACUUAUAUGCCUCAGUCAGCCUCUACCUGGUACCUGAGCGACCAGCAACUCUUAUUUUGUAUGAAGAUAUUGUGCAGAUCCUGCUGGGCUCCCCAGGUGUACGCAGUCAGCCCUGGGUCCAGUUUCAGAGAAAGGCUGCCCGCUUGCCACGCUCCUCCACCUACAACCAGUUAACCUCUUCCCUCACCACGGCCAGCAACCUGCAUCAGAUGAGAGGAUUCCCAUCGUUCAUUGGGACGGAGCCAGAGAGCAGCAAUGGAGGUAACACAAGUUGGGUGGAGCUUCUUCCUGUGGCGGCAGUCAGUGUCCAUUUAUUCACUGGUAAUGGAUCCGAAGUUCAUCUGUCCGGUCCUGUCCAGCUCUCUCUUCCUCUUCCCCCUGAAUCUGGGUUAACCACAUCGAGCAGUGUCCCUGCCUGGAGAUACGAGCCAAAAGCUGGUCUGUGGAUCCGCAGUGGGAUGGGUAUGGUAAGGAGAGAUGGGCAGCAGCUUUACUGGUCUUUUGUGUCACCCAAACUUGGAUACUGGGCAGCUGCAAUCCCCUCUUCUGGGCGAGGUAUGCUUUCCCUAAUGAGCGGUGUGGACAUUGCUGGCUAUCAUACAAUCUUCCUACUCUCUAUUCUGGGAGCGUUGGCUCUGCUGGUGCUCAUCCUGCUCUGCCUCCUAAUAUAUUACUGCAGGCGACGCUGUUUGAAACCAAGGCAGCAGCAUCACAAACUACAACUCUCGGGUCUGUCUGAACCCAAACGGGACCAGGCAACCUCCACUUCCCAUAUUAACCUGAUUAGCACCAGCCACUUGGAUUCUUCAUCCACAGCUGACAGUGACCUGCGUACUCCAGUACUGAGAUCUGCUUUCUCGUCCCGUGAAGACUUCUGCAAAUCUGGAGGUCGCUCUUCACUCCAACAUUCUGCUGACACGCUUCCUCUGAGGCCUGGCUCUAGAGAUGAAUAUACACUGAAAUCUGCCCGUUCUGGAGACUUGUUGGAGUGUGAAGAUUUAAAAAGAGGCUAUGGUACAGGUGGCAAGGGGCAGCAGAGACGAAGAGGUGGCAGAGGAGGGGUUCGAGAUCCACCUCCAUCACCUCCUCCACUUCCUCCUCCCUUCAAACAUGUCAUAGGGGAUUCAAAACCCCCAGAUUAUCUGAUGACACAGUCAGCAGAUCCCCUUUCACGUCCUACGUCUCUUACACAACCUGGGCAGCUUAUAUUUUGUGGAUCCAUUGACCAUAUGAAGGAGGGCGGAUAUCGACAUGCCAUGCCCACAUUAGUGAUCCCGGCUCAUUACGUGAGGUUGUCUUCUGAAGAGAAUUCAGGUGGACAAGGAGAAGAUCAGUGUGAGAGUGAGUGUGGUUCCACUCAGGUCUCUCAUGCUCACCACUUUGCACCUCAAGAUCAUGCCCAGCGACAACAGCUGCUUCAGCAAGGCCACAUUUAUCAACAGGGGACACCUGGUUCCGUACAAGAUCAAGAAGGUAAAGGCUGGGGAAAUCAUUCCUCACAAAUGAGUGGCUCAGUUACCAUUCCAGUGGUCUUUAAUGAGUCCACCAUGGCUCAGCUGAAUGGAGAGCUUCAAGCUUUGACAGAAAAGAAACUAUUGGAAUUGGGAGUCAAACCUCAUCCAAGGGCUUGGUUUGUGUCUCUGGAUGGACGUUCCAAUGCCCAGGUGCGUCACUCAUACAUCGACUUGCAGGCUGGAGACAAGACUCGCAGCAAUGAUGCCAGUUUGGACUCAGGUGUGGAUGUCAAUGAGAUCAAAUUGAAGCCGGGUCCAGAAGAAAGAAGUGGAAAAUCACAACUUCAGCCCUCUACCCUAACCUAUUCUAAGUUGGUCUUUGCAGAAGAAGGGGAGCAGAGCCUGAGUGAAAGUCGGACAGGGGGUGGCUGUUCACCUGAGGACAGCUCUCUCACUCCACUUCUAGAUGAAGGAUCAGAGACCUGCCUUCCCAUGGGCAGAAGGGGACGAAGCCGUGGUGACAGUUCCCGUAGCAGCACCAGUGAGUUACGAAGGGAUUCAAUGACAAGUCCUGAUGAGGACCUCAAUGACCAGUCAGAAACUGGGGAUGAUCAAGAUAAGAAGAGCCCCUGGCAGAAAAGAGAAGAGAGGCCACUGAUGGUAUUUAAUGUGAAAUAAGAAUGAAAUUCUGGAUUUCCAUUUUGUGUAUAGGACACUCAACCACAAAAGACUUCUGCACAAUAGAAUGGGGUUGUCCCCCCUAACUGAAGACUGUGGUUGGUGUCCUUAACUCUUCUUCCUUUUGGUGGGAGACACAGCCCCAAUACUGGAGAAUUCCAGUGUCCACGAUCAGGGCUGCUGUAGGACUGUAACACAGACAAGUAGAGAUUACAUGUUCUAUACACACAGUCAAAAAUACUCUGUACAAAACACAAGGCUAACAAAAACACACACAUACACACAGAUAUACAUUAACAGAACGAUGAAGCCAAACACUACAUUGUACAAGAACACAAAGAAUGUCUGUUGUUAUUCCUUCAGCUGGGAGUCUGUGAAGCCAAGGCUGAGACCCUCAGUAGGCCUGAACCCACUUGGGGACACUUGCUAAGACUGGACAUUGAAGUUCAGGCUUCAGUUCUGUAUAACCCAAUCCAGAUAAUACUAUAGGUAACAAAGCCAGUUGUAACGGCAAAAGCAGACAAGAACUUUGGGUUUUUUUAGUUGUUACCUUGAACCUAUGGAAUGAACCUGGCUCUGUGUUGCAGUGCAUUUUGGGCCACAAAGGCUAAUUACAUAUGGCAUCUCACAGUAACCCAUGCAUUGUGGUGCUUGUAGUCCAAGUGUUUCAUUUGUGGGAUGUCUAUGAGCGAUAGCUUACAACAGAUUCUCGACUCUCUGUUUCUGGUACUACGACCCCAUUAGCCCAUAUUUGUAAUGUUGUAACUUUUGACACCCAUACUUUUAACAACUCUAUUGCCAGUGCAUUCUAUUCCACCAGUAUACAAUGUAGAUCUGUAUAUACAAAGCAGUAUGUGACCCGGUAGGGAUCCUCUUUAAUGAACUCUAGCCUCCAUUGCUUCAGACAGAUAUCAGGUUGCAAUUAUCCCGAAAAAUGAAGGCAAAAUAGGGUUUUCACUCUUUUUUUAUUGAUGCACUACUGCUUUUUAUAAGCUAAUCUUUCUAUGGCCUGGGAUCUGUGUAUGAUGAAUGUGGGGUGUUUAUAUUGUUCUUCUCACUAAAUUGAUGCCCUUAACCCAUGCUUUGGACUGCAGUGUAGUCAUUAGGCCUGAAUAGGUGCCAAAAGCUGCCGUAAUGGUUUCUGAUUCAUUGUAUCAAGCUUUAGGCAAGAGCAAAGACCCCACCCACCCCGUACAUAUGAAAGUAGCACAAAAAGGGCCCGUUUGUCAUGUGUAAACAGUAAAGAGAUUUCCUACAAAAUAUUAAUAAUAAAAGACGUGAAAAGAGA